AUGCCUUUGCGCCGCUCAUUCCGCGCCCUCCUCCCUUGGCCUCAAUCGCCCUGGCAGCACCGACAGAACCCGCUACCCCAGGUGCAGAGGAGGUGGAGAGCGACAGCGAACGCGCGGACCAAGGCGUUCUCCCCCGCCAGCCAGACCACUCUCCCCCCGCGCUUCCCGCACACCUCAUGCCUGGCACAGCCUCUGUGCCAGCCUCUCGCGUGUUUGCGGACACCCUCCCCCGAUGCGCGCGCGCCUGCAGCAGCGGAGCCAACAUAUCUCAUGGGAGAGAGCGGGGCAGUGGGGUGGAAGGGGAGGAAGAGGGGAGCGGAGGGAGGAGGGGGGAGACGUGGCGGAACUGAGGCGACAGGUGACGAUGCCAGGGGGCGCCACAUCGCCGCCUCGCCUCCUCAGCAAGUAAUCGCCGCCCCACCGCCGCCACAUCGCCGCAUCGCCACCACAUCGCCGCAUCUCCCCCCUGUCCUUCUCUCUCCCUGCUAUCCUUCUCUCUCUCCCCUGUCCUUCUCUCUUCCCCCUGUCCUUCUCUCUCCCCCCUAUCCUUCUCUCUCCCCCCUGUCCUCCUCUCAUUGCGCUGCCCUUCUCUCUUUCCACUGUCUUUCUCUCUCCCCGCUGUCCUUCUCUCUCCCCCCUGUCCUCCUCUCCCCCCCCUGUCCUUCUCCUCCCCCCGUCCUUCUCUCUCCCCCUGUCCUUCUCUCUACCCCCUGUCGCUCCUCCCCUUCCCCCCAGGUCGCUCCUCCCCUUCCCCCCAGGUCGCUCCUCCCCUUCCUCCCUUCACUUCCAUUCCCCAAUCUCAAAGGUCCACGUGGCGAGAAACCGUUGCAACCGUCCGAUUCUCUUGAUGCACAGGUCAACGGCCACGUGGCUGACUCAGGUUGGCUCACUCUCAUCCCAUGCCUCUCAUCCCAUGCCUCUCAUCCCAUGCCUCUCAUCCCAUGCCUCUCAUCCCAUGCCUCUCAUCCCAUGCCUCUCAUCCCAUGCCUCUCAUCCCAUGCCUCUCAUCCCAUGCCUCUCAUCCCAUGCCUCUCAUCCCAUGCCUCUCAUCCCAUGCCUCUCAUCCCAUGCCUCUCAUCCCAUGCCUCUCAUCCCAUGCCUCUCAUCCCAUGCCUCUCAUCCCAUGCCUCUCAUCCCAUGCCUCUCAUCCCAUGCCUUUCAUCCCAGUCGCACCAAGCCCUCUCACUUCAUCACCUGCCCUCAGCCUUGCCUACUCUCACACCAUGCUCUCACAUCAUCAACUCACCCCCUGCUCUCCUAUCUGCUGCGCUGCUUGGGUGUUGCAAGGAGGGGCAAGGGGGCGGCAGCUAG